AUGGCGACUGUGGCGGAGCUACAACGUGACUUAGAAUUAGCGAGGGAAGGGCUGAAAUCUGUCGAUGAAAACAUCAAGAAACUUACUGGUAGAGAUCCUUCGGAGUUCAGGUAAUGCAGGUGGUUUUUCAAUGGACGUAAUGAACAGCGAACAUUGUUGUGCGAAUAGUUUCCCUUAACUUAAAUGCAUCGAAUAGUCAUUGCUUCUGCCUGAAUCUCUUUGUUUUCACCGUUCAUUCAUUCGUGGAGCUACUGUUUUUAAGAAGCUGUAGGUUAAUCACAAUAAAUGGUUGCUUCCUUUAUGUUACCAAAGGUUAGUAUGUUUUCUGGAUACAGGAAGUCGUAAGGAAAUGUGAAUUCAGCUGCAGCUGGUUGUCGAAAAUAAACAGCUGCUGAAACCGUUGAAUCAUUUCCUCGUCCCGCGAGAGAUGCAAACAGAAGUUUAUCAACCUUUAGGCCAUGAUAAUAUCUCAAAGAGUGGCUAUGUUUGGCACAAGCAUCCAUGUAAUCAUUGUUAAUGAAAUUUAAUUGAGCCAAAAUUUGUCGAUUAAGUAAAUUGCAGGAAAACCUCACACACCUGACAACCUUUAGGCUACGUAACAGAGGUCUUGUUGGCCCUGUAAGUCCUAGAUUUGUUUUAUAACUCUCCCUUCUAGCUGCUAGAGUGCACGAGAAUGUAGUUUUACAUCAAGUGAAAACUAUCUAUCUGAUGUUUGUUAAAUUCUUGGUCCUUCUGUGCUGGAUGAUAAACAUGGAUGUACACAUAGAAAAACCAAGUAUUUCCCAUGUGGAGUCAAACUGCAGCCUAAUUCCUGAUUUUGCUUUACAAUUUUUUAUCAAUCAAGUUGCAGACAACUGAUCGAUCAGUAUAGUUAUCGGAGAAAAGCAUCCUACACACAGUGUUUGUAGGAUCAGCAAUAUUAAAAGUGAUUUAUGUGUAGAUAGUGUCAGAAGAAUUAUGAACCGUUUUAAAACAGAAUGUGGUGCUUUGACUCAGGCCAGCAGCAGGAAGGCGAGUGUCACUGAAGAGAGACUUCACAGAGAGGAACAUUGGACUUGGACAAGGGCCGGCAGCUAAACGACGUGAUUCAACUGGUGCACCGGGAAGGUAAGUCCAACCAAGGUACAUCUACAUGUAUAAAGGGCUUUCAGUAAGAGUUGCUAGUCAGCCAGAACUGCAAGCUAGUCUGAUAUCUUAAGUCAGGAACUUUCACUUUGUUCCACCAUGAUUGCUAGAGAAAAAUUGUACAGUUUUGGAAACAUAAUUGAAGAAAUGUACUCAAUAGCCAUUUCCCAGUUAUGUGUGGAAUUGAGUGCAUUAUUUACCAGUUACAGGUAUAGCCAAGUCUUAGGAUUCCAUGUUCAAAAUGUGCUUUGAGAUCUGUGUGAACUUUGGAAUGCUUAGGACAUUUUUGUUUCCCUAGUCUUGUGUUCAAUCUGAUUAACCAGCGUGGCUUUCACUACAACCUGGCUGACUACUAUUUCCCAUCUGUCCUCUACUUCCAAACUUAUCAACAGUACUCCCAAUUUAGAAACUACUUGAGUUAUUUUUGUUGGAAUAUCAAAAGCAAUAUAAAAUUGUACUGGUUUUGUACUACUUGGUUAUCUGGUAGGCCUUGAAUAUUUGUGUUGUUUUAAUGUAGCUUAAGAUAUGUAUUUUUCUAUCUUGGAAGAAAGAAAGAUUAUUAUUAUUAUCAUUAUUAUUAUUAUUAUUAUUAUUAUUUUUUUAUUUUAUUAAAAUUAUUAUUGUUGUUUUUAGUUACACUAUUGUAAUGUGGGUGAUUCUGUAGGCCUUUUUCUGUUAUGUCUGCUAAGAUAGUUUAGUUUGGAAAUUUCCCAUUAAAUACAAAUAUAUGUGAACUUGAUUUAAUUCUAGAUAUCUGUUUUAUUUUUUCAGACUCUGGAGCCGAGUGGUGAGAACAAGGACUUCACAAGAGCUGACCCGCCCUUCCUCACGUCUGGAUAGUGAAGGCGAAGAAGAUGAGGAUGAUGCAGAUAAGGUAAAUGUAAAUGAUCCUUUUUUGUUAAAGCCUGGAAGAUUGAAUCUCAAAAGUCAUCGUGAUAUUAUCUUUUAAUGCAGUGAGAUUGUGAUAUUUUGAUUUUAUUCAAAAUUUGCAAAGCAAUUUGCAAAAUGAUGUACUAUGUGAAGGGAACUCCAAAACAUUGAUUUGGAAAGAUAAGGAAAAAAGCUAAUAGCAGACCAAAGACAAAGAAAGGAUUGGGAUGGCAUCAGCUAAAAAAGAUGAAAACAGCUUUCAGCUCAAACAAAAUAUUCAUGCUGGGUUUUUUUUUAUUUUUUUUUUUAGUUAUCUUGUUAACACAAUGUUUUUGUUUCGUGUAGCCUGCUAUCCAGUCUUCAGUUGUAGCCACACCCACACCAUCUCGCCUCAAGAGAGACACCAUCACAAAAACAGAUGACAAAACAAAGUCAAGGUCAGUUGAAAAUCACCAAUUAUUUGGCAAUUGUUUAAUGCUGUCAAGUUUUUUUUUCCUUGUUUUAUUUUUUGUGUUAUUUUGUGAGUAAAAGUCAUCAUUUCUGUAAGGUGUGGGACUUCUGGUUAGCUGAUUGUGGUUCAUUUUAGCUGAUCUGAGACAUCUGAACUUAUUUGUUUCUUUUCAGAAAUAAGAGAAUGUUUGGCAUGUUGCUUGGAACUCUACAAAGGUUCAAAGAUGACAGUGCUCAGAAAACAGAUAAGGUAAUUUCAUAAAAUUCGCCAAAUUUGAGAUAAAUAUCUCUAACCAAAACACUCAUGUUUUCAUAGGUAGUCAAGCUUUUUUAUCGGUUAUGGAGUGUAAAAGUGACUGUCAUAAAUUUAUUAUUUAUUGAGAAAAAAAUUGGUGUUGUUUUCAUUCAUUGCUUUACCUCCCCCUAGCAUCAGUAUACAUAUUCUCUACACAUUUCCUAAGAUGCUGACAAGGAGAAUAUGUUCAACAAUCAAGAGCUUCUUUAGUUGGUGAUCAUUUCCUUGAUUCUUAUGACCUUCAUGUUUGAUUCAGGGGUGAUAUUGUAAGGAGAAAUUAGUUGCUAAUCACUCCUGGGGGUUAAAAGGUCAAUGUUCCCUCUUCAAAAUAGCCAACAAACACAUCCUAAAUUUGUCCAUAAGAAGAACAAAAUAGGACAAACCAAAUCUAACCUGGAAGGGAUUUCUGCUGUUUUAUUUUUGCCAGGAAAUAAGGAGAGAGGAAAUCAAUAAGAAGCUUGAAGAAGCUGAACAGAAAGAGAAAGAAGAACUGUCAUCUCAAAGAAAGGAGUUAUUCACAGAAAGAAGAACAAAACAAGCAGCACUUAGAUUGUUACAGAGAAAAGUUGAUAUGGCUGAAUUGGUAGGAAAGGAAAAAAAUCCUGUUCCAAACUUGAGACUUUUUUUAAGAUUUGAUCUCCCUAUAAAUUUACAAUGGUUAACUGAUUUUCUCCUUUGGCAUAAUGUAAUACACUCUUUUUAAGAAAGAAACUGUUCUGGUUGAAAGAGGGCUAUUGCAAAAAUGGAAAUCCACGGUUUUUUUUUUUUCUUUUUAAACAUUAUUGCAAGAGUUGACUGGGAAUAAAGUUGACCACCUUGAUGCUAGUCAUCCAGAUGAAGACACCUUUGCAUCUUACUCAGUAAUUGGCAGGUGUCCAAUCCCUAAUCUAAAGAAAUCAAUUGUUUUCCUUUUGCAGCAAGAAGAAUGGGAUAAACAUGGUGAAAAAUUAAGUCACUUUAUCAUGACCAAAGCUAACCCUCCCAUCUUCUACCUUCCGGCCAAACACAACGAUAAGACACAGAAACUCCUGGAGGAAUCUACAAGAACUGUGAAAAGUAAUCUUUUUGUUAUUCUCCCAUUAUGAUUUUCUCUCACUAGCCUUACAGUCCCAUUUUAAGAUGACUUCCUUGUUUCAAGUAGGAGACACAAUGGCAUAAUGUUAGCAAGCUGGGCUCCAUAUUGAGAGGGCCGUGUCAGAUAUCAGGGUGUAGAGGGUUAAAGACCUCCUAGUUCUCCAUGUCAUGAAGGUGCUGCUCCAGUAUCAUACCCUAACUGGUUUGUGGAACUUAAUUCCACCAACCCCUGUCUCCAUUUUGAAGAAUCAAAUAACAACAUGUGGUGCAACUGAAACAGCACAUUAUGGUGUAGCUUUUUGUUGACUCUACAGUCACCACCAAACACUUACUGUUUAACUGUUGUUUUCAGGAGCAAUGGCUAAAAGAAGAGCAGAAAUAGAAGAGGAACAAGAACUAGAGGAAGAGCGAAUGAAGAACACCAGGUUGUCUGUAUCUAAUGAGGGUGAGAUUGAGAGUAAGGGGGAGAGAGUUGAAAGCACAGACGGUGGUAGGGAUGUGGAAAUGAAAGAAGAGAGUCAAGAGGAAGUACCUGGGAGACAAAGAAAGAAAAGUGAGGGUAGAGAUCCUGAGAAUGGGGUUAAAGAGGAGAGGAAUAUUCAGGAAGAGAGACACGCUAUAGGGGUAGAAAACAUGGAGGAAGAUGUGGGAGAGAUAGACUAGUUGUAAGUCAGAUAAGAGAAUGUGACUUUUUGAAGCUGAGCCGAGCUAAAAAUACACGAAUGGAGGUUAGUUUCCCUUGCAUACCAUCCCUUUAUGGUCAGAAUUAAUUAUAGUUAAUUCUAUCCUUUUGCACCACAUGUCAUAUUCCCAUCUGUUCUCUUUGGUUUUUAUCAAUGCAUACUGGAACAUCUGUCUUACAAAUUCACUUCAUGCCUUUUCCUGGCUUGUCUACUAAACUUCGACUGACAUUUCAUUAAAAAUUUUCCCUUUAGUGACUAAAACUAAUUAAAAUUGAUUUUCUAGUUCAAAGACUACUCGGAGUUAAUUUGAAAAAAAAAGAACUAGGAGAAAAAGUAAUUACACCCACAACACAAAUAAUGACUAAGGAAUAUUGUGACACAAAAUUCUCUGGAUCACAGAACAAGCCACACAUUGGCCAUAUAACUUGUCUCUAGAUGCGGAAGAUAGCAUGCUUUGGGCUUCUUGGUUACAGAAUUAGAAAGACUAGGUUCUUAGCUGUCACAGGAAAUUUUUGGGUAUAAAUUGAACUGAGGGGAUAAAUGGAUAGGAAGGCUGGCUUCUACAACUUAACUCUCUAGGAGAUUUCUGCAGCAGAUUUGGUGAAAUGUAAGGUGAUCAAUUAUUCAUGGUUGACUUAUAUCUUGUGGAAUUUUACCCUUUGUUGUCCCUGUUUGCUCAGCUUAUAGGAAGGCAGUAUGCAAGCUUUGGAAUGAAUGUUGUAAGUGAUUUCAAGUGAAUUUUGUAGAGAUUUCUAAAGAGGCAGACAUAGAGAGAAAGAGAGACUUGGAUUUGUGUAAGCAUUUAUGGAAGCCUUUCAAAUAUUUCUUUUUGACUGUUCUAUUUCUUUCAAUUUUGAGUUCUAGCUUUUAGUGACAUGCAUUGUAAGUCACCUUAAGUUUACAGUUGUGAGUGUGUUUGUUUAAGAGGUG